UCUUGCUGUUGUUGGUGUCAGCCCACAGUACCUUGUUUAAUUGUCUAACGCUGCUCUACUCACGACUGGAUUUGGCACGAUUGCAGUUUCAGGAAAACAUGGGAUCCGUUUAUGUUGAAAAUGGUAAAUGACGAAGAAGAAGUCACGGGGAAAUUUGUGUUACUCUUGCAAUACGUAAUCUGCUUCAUUUUUGGAGUCUGUGUACUGGGGUUAAUCUUUCUCAGCAAGGCCAGUCUUCUGUUACUGAUCAGUGCUUCAAACAGUGAAUCACCUUUUGAGAACAAACCUUUCACUCACCUUGUCCUCGCUUGUGCAUUAGUUGUACCUAAUGUUCUGGCCUUGGCAAAGGCCUUAUGGAAGGUAUCAUUUGGAUCAUCCGAUGCUCCUUCACUUAAUAUUCUAGGAAUGGUUUGUUUGAUUGAAGCAGUUGUUGCUUUUGGCACUUCAAUCUUGGUCCUGGUCUGCAUGCCUCACUUUGACAUUGUAACCAAUUUGUAUAUUUUGAAUGGUGUUUGCCUUCUUCCUGCUCUUCUGCAAGUAGUAUUUCAGCUGAAACCACUCAAAUCUUCUAUGUUGCUUCCAUUGGUAGGCUUUGGUUUUGUUUUCAUGGGUCUCUUGCUUUUCAUUUUAGCUCACAACCCACAGCAACAUUCAGAAGAGGUUAAACACAUUAAACCGUACGUAGCCCUUGCAAUAGUUGCCUUAAUUUUCAUAUCUUUCAAUUGGUGGGAAAAUUUUACAUCAUACUGCAAAUUUGGAAUAAUGGAAAAUAUAAGGGAAAACUUGCAAUGUACCAGAAACAUCACAUAUGUUUGUACUAGUACAGUGCGAAUUCUAGUUAUUGGUACUGUAGUGGCAGCUUGGAUUCCAGUGAAGGAAUAUAAGUGGGAAGAUGUAAAAACAGUCUCUCAAUUCGAUUUAAAAAUUAUUUUGUGCCUCUUUGGAAUACAGGGGAUUUCUUCUGCUCUUUGUCACUGGUUUGGGGUUCUGGUAUGUAAAAUGCAUGCAGUCAGACGCAGCUUUGCUGUGCCUUCCGUAUUAGCCACACCAAUUGUAUUUUUUGCUUUUUUGAUUGUGUUGUAUGACAGCUUCAAUAAAUACGGCAAAGCAGAUAGCUUUAACUUGACUGCCCUCUGCCACAAUUUAAAAACCUCCAACGAUAGCGAUUCUGUGCAAAUCCUACUUUUAGAAAUUCCUCGCAGCCUUUGCAGAGCAGAAGCGAUAUUAAUUUCCAACAAAGUUGGCUUGGCACUGCUUGGCUCCUUGGCUGUAUGCUUUUGGCUAGGGCUGAUUUUCUCCACAUUCUACGUGUGGGGCCAGCACAUUCAAAGGAUUGAAAGGACAUCCCAGCUGUUUGUCCGACGACUGUACGAGGCGGCCUUCAUGGAACAGUCAAUGCUGCUUAACACACGGGUCCAGAAAAAGAAAGAGAAGAAGGAUAAAAGAAAAUCGGACCAUGUCAUGAUAUAUCUGUGUGCAACAAUGUGGCAUGAAACAGUGGAUGAAAUGGCAAAGAUCCUUACUUCAAUAUUCAGGUUGGAUAAAUACAAACCAAACUCUUCAAAGUCACAUAAAGAUAAUUUUGAGUUUGAAGCACACAUUUACUUUGAUGAUGCUUUUCACCUCACUAAUCCCAAUGACAAUGUACAGAAAAGAGUUUUGAAUCAAUAUGUUAAAAACCUUGUUUGCAUAAUGGAAGACAUUUACAGGAUUUUCUCGCAUGAAAAACAGAGUUUGAAGGAUGAACAAGAAGAUGAUGACAUAGUAAAGCAAACCAUAAUGGAGACACCUUAUGGUGGAAGAAUCACAUAUACUCUUCCAUAUGGAAACAUACUUUAUGUUCAUUUGAAAGACAAGCAGAAAAUUCGGCACAAGAAGAGAUGGUCUCAAAUCAUGUACAUGUAUUAUCUGCUGGGAUGGAAAUUAAAUAAAAAAUACAUGACCUUGUCAGGCAAAUUUGAAGAUGAAAUAUCUACUACAAAUGCCUUAAAGACAGAGAAGGAAAACACUUACAUUUUGGCUUUGGAUGGGGACACUGAUUUCCAGCCCUCAGCUUUGAUCUUGUUAGUUGACAGACUGAGAAGAUAUCCAGAUGUCGGGGCUGCAUGUGGUAGAAUACAUCCAACUGGAACUGGUCCUAUGGUUUGGUACCAGAAGUUUGAAUACGCUGUUGGCCACUGGCUACAGAAGACAGCUGAACAUGUGCUAGGCUGUGUCCUGUGUAGUCCAGGAUGUUUCAGUUUGUACAGGGCAGCAGCCCUAAUGGAUGAUAAUGUUGUGAAAAAAUAUACUACCAAAGCGACAGCAGGGCAGCAUUUUGUCCAGUAUGAUCAAGGAGAAGACCGUUGGCUGUGUACAUUAUUACUUCAGCAGGGGUGGCGUGUAGAAUACAACGCAGCUUCAGAUGCCUAUACAAAUGCACCACAGGAGUUCAAAGAGUUCUACAAUCAACGACGCCGUUGGGUACCUUCAACUUUGGCAAAUACAAUUGAUCUUUUAAACAGUGGAGCACAAACAUCCAAGAGAAACCACUCAAUUUCAAAACUCUACAUUCUGUAUCAGAUUGUUGGAACUGCAGCAUCAAUUCUAGGUCCUGCCACUGUGGUUUUAAUGAUUGCAGGAGCAUUUACCUUUGUGUUUAACUGGAAUGGAAACGUUGCUCUAGCUCUUGGAGUUGUGCCUCCUGCCAUCUACAUACUGAUCUGUUACAAAGUCAAGUCAGAUACCCAGAUCAUAAUUGCUGCUGUGAUGAGCAUCUUUUAUGCUUUUCUAAUGAUUGCAACAAUAAUGUCUAUUAUUGGUGAAAUGUUGAAAGAAAACACCUUUAUUACUCCAACAGGCUUAUUCUUCAUCUCGAUGAUGAUCCUUUACUUCUCAACAGCAAUGCUGCAUCCCCAAGAAUUCCCUCUUGUAUUUUACGGAUUGUUGUACAUCAUCUGUAUCCCCAGUGGAUACUUGUUGCUGCCAAUUUACUCCAUGGUAAACAUGAAUAAUGUUUCAUGGGGCACACGUGAAACAGUUACUCCAAAAAUACAGGACAAAAAUAAAACUAAGCAGGUUCUGCGAUAUGAAAAGAAAUGCAAAUGCAUCUGUUGGGAUAUUGAAUUUUUAGUCAAAGAGGAUAAAAAGGAAUUAAUUCACCAUGCAGACAGUAUCAUUGAAGAAGAAGAAAUAAUUGAAUUGAGUAUUGAAGAUAAGUGGAUAAGCAACUUGCAAGAGCAGUCAUUCCAUAUGAUGCUUGUUGUAGAAGAACUUGAUGAAGAAGAAAUCCCAUUCUGGAAUGAUCUCAUUGAAUUGUACCUUAAACCAAUUGAAGAAGAUAAAGCAAAACAGGCAGAGAUAGCAAAGGAACUGAAAUCUCUCAGAAACAAGGCCACUUUUCUCUUCUUCAUUAUUAAUACUCUGUGGAUUGUUUCAACGUUUUUUCUGCAAGCAAUUGGUUCAGAGAUACACAUCAAGAUCCCCAAAAUCCUUCCAAAUGGUACUUUUUCAAAAAGUGAAAUUCUAACCAUCGAACCACUCAGUUUUAUGUUCUUGCUAUCGUUUGCUGGGCUGUUGGGAAUUCAGUUCCUCACCAUGUUGUACCACAGGAUUACAACACUCACCCAUUUUAUUGCAUAUAAAGGAACUGAAAUAAAACCUCAACAGAAAGUUGGAAAGUAUCACCAAAUGUAUAAAGAUCAUGAGGUUUGACAAUAUACAGAAGAAAAAUAACUGGUGGUUGAGAAAAAUCGAGCAACAUCUCACCAGUGUCACAAAUAUAUUACCAUGAGCUUUAUGUGUGAAACACAACUUGACAACUACUCAGGGACAUCGCAGCGAAAUCUGUGGCUCGUGUUACAAAUCAGAAAAAUAUACAAUGGGAGAGUUAUUUUCGAGUACAUCAACAAUAGCUGAGAAAUUUGUUGGUAUUACAUCCAUUUUUAAAGAGGCAUAUAAGUGCCCUGUUCAUCUCACUUCCUGUCUCACUCUUGACUGUGCUGACCAACUAGAUUCAUAUCUAAACAAGCUAUUCCUCAUUUUUCCCUAAACUUGUGAGCUACCUUGAAGCCAUGACUGGGACUCAGAACUCUAUUUUUGGGAAUAAGUACAAUUGACUGGCUUAGAUUUUGACUCGGGUACAUGAGGCCAAUUUUUGAUAAUUCUGCUACCACUUCCAUUUGGCACAAGCAAUUUGUGCCGCACCAGGAUGAUAGCCUGAUUUGAGAGGUAUCCAAUUAUUAGCUUAUAAAAUUAAAUAUAUAUUUCAAGAGAGGAAACCUUUUGGAAAUCUGUUGAUCCUUGGUAUUAUCAGAUUUAAUUAAUGCUCCCUACCUCUGAACUUAAUUCAACGUGCAGAGAAUGAUUUUUAUAACAUAAACAUCUCCACAAAUUAGCUCAGACAACUCAGGGAAGAAUAAGUUCUGAUCAGUCUCGAGAUUGUAAAUAUUUACCAAGAUACAUGGCAAUCCACUAUUUAAUGUACUUAUGACAGUUACUAAAUUGAAGAAUUGGGAAGAUAAUUUUGUCCAUGUUUCCAGAUUGCAAAACUGCAUCUAUGUUUUUUAUAAGAAUUUUACAAUUUUAUUACACAUUGACCACAAAGGAAAUUUUUCUGAAGAAAGCAUGCAGAGGUCCAGAUAAGUCUUCAUUCAUAGAAAUUAAGAGCAGAAGUAGUCCAUUCAACAUUGACCCUGCUGGAACAUUCAAGAUGAGGAUGGCUGAUCCUCGAUCUCAUUGUCAUAUUUCUGCUUUCUCCUAACACCUCUUGAUGCCUUUAAAAUUUAAACAUUUAUGUAUCUCUUUCCUGAAUAUGUUCAAUAACUUGACCUCCACAGCCUUGUAUGGUCAAGAAUUUAAGUGGUUCACUACUAUCCAAGUGAAGAAAUCUUUCUUCAUCUCAGUCCUAAAUGAUCUAGUCCAUAUCCUGAGAUUGUGUCAUUGGUUCUAUACUGCACAACUUAGGAAAACAUCAUCUCUGCAUCUAAUUUUUCCAGACCUGUUAGUAUUUUACAUGUUUUAAUCAGAUUCCCUCUCAUUCUUCUGAACUCUAGUGAA